ACAAGCCCAUCUGAAAAUAUCCCAACAGUAUCUUAUCUUCAUUUCUCUCCUUCGCCAACUGAAGUGAAAACUAUCUUCUUCGACGUCUCAUCUUACAAAAAUUGAAACGAUGAACCACCAUCAACACCAACAUUAAGCUCAAUUCUCACCCCAAAAAUGGUGGCCCUCGCAACAUCCAAAUUAACAGAAUUUCAAUUCCGAAAUUCACUCACACACUCCUUCCCACUCACCUCAUACUCACACUCACACUCACUUAGCCUCCUCCUCUUCUCCUCCCAAAAAACGCCGUCGUAUCACCUCCUCAAACCCUUCUCUUCCCUUCGUACCAACCAAAACCCUAACAAACCCGACCACCGCCUCCUCAAACCUCGCUCUCCCUCCUCCGCCGCUCCUUGGCUCAACAAGUGGCCCUCCCCAAGCCCUCCGAUCGAUAAAACCCCCGAAAAGGUCUCCCAAUCCAAUGGAGACAAUCAAUUUGAGGAUAAAAAACAAAGAGAAUCAGAAUCUCAAACUCGCUACUUGAGUAAUACCGAUAAAGGCCAAAACGCAAUAGAACGUAUCGUUUUGCGGUUACGGAACUUAGGGUUGGGGUCCGAUGAUGAAGACGAAGAAGAAGAAGGAGAGGAGGAUGGUUUAGAUUCAAUGCCGGUGACCGGAGAGGAGAAGUUGGAAGAUUUGUUGAAGCGAGAAUGGGCCCGGCCCAAUGCGGUGUUUUUGGAUGAAAUGAACGAGGCAGAGGAUGAGUGGAUGUUGCCGUGGGAGAGAGAGGAGAAGGAGAGGGAGGAAGGAAAGGUGGUGGGAAUGAAGAGGAGGACGGUGGUGAAGGCGCCGACGCUGGCGGAGCUGACCAUUGAGGACGAGGAGUUGAGGCGGUUGAGGAGGAUGGGAAUGCAUUUAAGGGAGAGGAUUAAUGUGCCGAAAGCUGGAAUAACGCAGGCAGUUCUUGAGAAGAUUCAUGAUAAUUGGAGAAAGAAUGAGCUGGUUAGGCUCAAGUUUCAUGAGUUUCUUGCUACUGAUAUGAAAACUGCUCAUGAAGUUGUUGAGCGACGAACUGCAGGAUUAGUUAUAUGGAGGUCAGGAAGUGUCAUGGUGGUGUAUCGAGGAAGUAACUAUGGAGGGCCUUCUUCGAAAUCACAACCUGUUGAAAGAGAAGGAGAUGCUCUUUUUGUCCCAGAUGUAUCUUCUGCUGAUGGUGCAGCUCUGAGAAGUGUCAAUGGUGCAACUUCAACUUCAGAAAAGAGUGAGCCUGCUGUCAGGAUUGCAGAUCAUACUAAGACCAUGACAGAAGAGGAAGCUGAAUUUAACAGCUUACUGGAUAGUUUAGGUCCCCGUUUUCAGGAGUGGUGGGGUACAGGAAUGCUUCCAGUUGAUGCUGAUUUACUUCCUCAAAAAAUCCCUGGCUAUAAAACACCUUUCAGGGUUCUUCCUACUGGAAUGCGAUCUCGACUGACCAAUGCAGAAAUGACUGAUUUACGGAAACUUGCUAGAAAAAUUCCUUCUCAUUUUGCCCUUGGGAGGAAUAGAAAUCAUCAGGGAUUGGCAGCUGCUAUAAUUAAGCUCUGGGAGAAAACCCUUGUUGCAAAGAUUGCUGUAAAACGAGGUAUCCAGAAUACAAAUAACAAACUAAUGGCUGAGGAGCUGAAGAGUUUAACUGGGGGUACCUUGCUUCUCAGAAACAAGUAUUAUAUUGUUAUAUUCCGUGGAAAAGAUUUUCUCCCAACAAGUGUAGCUGCUGCUUUGGCAGAAAGAGAGGAAUUUGCAAAACAGAUUCAAGAUGUUGAAGAGAAAGUGCGGAAUAAAGUAUUGGAGGUAACUCCAUCUGGUGAAAACGAAGUACCAGCACCUGCAGGAUCUUUGGCUGAGUUUUAUGAGGCCCAAUCUCGGUGGGGAAGAGAAGUAUCCACUGAAGAACGGGAGAGGAUGAUGGAAGAAGCUGCCAAAGCUAAGCAUGCCAGGCUUGUCAAACGGAUUGAACACAAAUUAGCUGUUGCACAAGCAAAAAAGCUGAGAGCAGAGAAAUUGUUAGCUAAAAUAGAAGCCUCCAUGGUUCCUUCUGGUCCUGAUUAUGACCAAGAGACAAUCACUGAUGAGGAACGGAUUAUGUUUCGUAGGGUUGGUUUAAAAAUGAAAGCAUACUUGCCUCUUGGCAUUCGAGGUGUUUUUGAUGGUGUCAUUGAGAAUAUGCAUUUACAUUGGAAGUACAGAGAACUUGUCAAAUUAAUAUCCAAACAAAAGACCCUUGCAUUUGUUGAAGAUACGGCAAGGUUAUUGGAAUAUGAAAGUGGUGGAAUACUGGUGGCAAUAGAAAGAGUUCCGAAAGGAUUUGCCAUAAUUUACUAUCGUGGGAAGAAUUAUAGACGGCCCAUUAGCUUGAGGCCAAGAAACCUGCUGACGAAGGCAAAAGCAUUAAAGCGUUCUGUGGCCAUGCAGCGGCAUGAGGCUCUCAGUCAGCAUAUAUCCGAGCUGGAGAGCACCAUAGAGCAAAUGAGGAAAGAAAUUGGUGUUUCCCUAGAUGUACAGGAUGGAAAUGCUGGGAGCUCUGAGGUCCAUGGCCAAUUUGAUCAGAUGUCGGAAUUGAGUGAAAGUGAAGAUGAAGUUGCGGUCAUGGAAUCUGAUGGUGAUUUUGAUUCUGAAGAAGAUCUAGAUUGGGAAGCUGAUGAAGACUCUGAAAUCGAUCAAGAUUCUCUUAGCAUUUCUUGCUGAACUUAAUGAGUGGAUAACUUUUUGUCAUUGUCUAUGUCCAAUUCAGGUUAAAUGAUGGUGGAUUGUUGAUAGCUUGCAUCACACUUCGGAUGAUUGUACUUGAGAAUUGUGCUGAAGAUUAUUAUUAAUGGAGCUGAAGAUUCAUUACUAUCACAAUGUGAUGGAUUUGCAACUUGAGAAUUGAGUACUCCUAAUGAGCUAUUGCGCAAUAGCCCAAUCUGUCAGCCUCUCGGAUGUGUAUGCUGGAACCACGACAUGAAGGCUGACUGAGAUUUGACAGGAGGCAGUGUUCCGUUUUUCUCACCAUUUUGGCCUUCAUGCUUAAACAUUGUGUAAACAUGUUCUAAUUAUGUAAUUAAUGUGUAAAAUACUACAAUUUUGUAUUCAAUAUCCUGAAGAAAGCCAGCAACUUCCCUUAAACAAACAAAUUAUUUUGCUGAAUCAUAUCAUUUUUGCCUAUGAGAAUUCACUGU